AAACUUCACGCGUGAGAGAUCCCACAACAAGCAACACUCAACAAGCUCUCACCAAAACACACUCCCAUCCGUCUUCCAACCUUAUCCUCUCACCCCAGCACAUCCUCAAACAUGCCAGGCGCAGCGCCAGAGGAGUGGCUGGAAACAGUCAAGAAAUGCCAGUACCUGCCUGAACCCGAUAUCAAGAAGCUUUGUGAUAUGGUAAAAGACUUGCUCAUGGAAGAGUCCAACAUCCAGCCCGUGAGCUCCCCAGUAACCGUCUGCGGCGACAUCCACGGCCAAUUCUACGAUCUGCUCGAACUGUUUCGCGUCGGUGGGGAGGUGCCAGAUACAAGUUACAUUUUCAUGGGAGACUUUGUGGAUCGAGGAUAUUACAGUUUGGAGACGUUUACGUUAUUGCUGGUUCUGAAGGCGAGAUAUCCGGAUAAGAUUACGUUAUUGCGAGGGAACCACGAGAGUAGACAGAUCACGCAGGUGUACGGGUUUUACGAUGAAUGCCAACAAAAGUACGGCAACGCGAACGUUUGGAAAUACUGCUGCUCGGUGUUUGAUUACCUAACACUAGCUGCGAUCGUGGACGGCCGAGUCCUCUGCGUGCACGGCGGUCUGUCACCCGACGUGCGGACGCUGGAUCAGAUCAGGACGAUACAGCGGUGUCAGGAGAUUCCGCAUGAGGGGGCUUUUUGCGAUCUCAUGUGGUCAGACCCAGAAGACAUCGACACAUGGGCCGUCAGUCCCCGCGGCGCCGGCUGGCUCUUUGGCAGCAAGGUCACCUCCGAGUUCAACCACGUAAACUCCCUCAAAUUAAUCGCUCGCGCCCACCAACUCGUCCAAGAAGGCUACAAAUACCACUUUACAGACGAGAAUCUCGUCACGGUGUGGUCGGCGCCCAACUACUGCUACCGCUGUGGAAACGUGGCGAGUAUCAUGGCUAUUGAUGAAAGUCUGGAAGUGAGCGAGCAGAGCUUCAAGAUUUUCCAUGCGGUGCCGGAUAAUGAGAGGGUGGUGCCUGCGAGGCAGACUACGCCGUACUUUUUGUAGAGAGGAGAAUGAGAGUGCAGGGAGGGAAUGGGACGGGGAGGGAAGGAGGAGUGGAGGUGUGAUGGAGAUGGAGGUGAGAUGAAGGUAGAAUGGACGCGGUCAACGAUUCGAAACGAUGGAUGCGAUGAUCCCACCCGAGAAAUCGUCGGUUGCCGCCGUACCCCUCCGGCACGUUACUCCGCACCAAUCGAAAGUUAUCCAACCGACCAAACUCUCUGCCCCUGCUCGAACGCUUUCGUCUACCUUACCCACCCGCCACCAUCCACCGCACCAACCCGCUGCCC